AUGCCAAAGAUCUGGGACAUCAAAUUGCAUAAGAAGAUUAUCAACGCUGCGUAUGGACGUCAGGCUCUUCUCUUCCACACGGAUCUGGCCAUAUACGAAGCCCAGCCCGGUGUACAGUUUCUACACUGUCUAAAAUUUGAUGACUCGUUAGAGGGUGGUGAAACCCUGUUUGUUGACUUAUAUCACAUUGCUGAGAAAUUCCGAGAAGAUUUUCCAGAGGAGUUCCGUAUUUUGACUGAAGUUCCGUUUACAUUCAACAGGAUUCAUUAUGAUCGAGAGAAUCCUGUCCAUAUGAUUCUCAGAAGGCCGCUGAUAUCUCUUAACGACGAGAACCGGAUCAAUAGUAUAACUUGGCAUGAACACGAACUUGGACCUCCUCUGGUGAAUGAGAACAAUGUUGAAGAGUUCUAUCGGGCCUAUCAGCUUUUCGCCAGGGCUAUCAAUGACUUCCCUCACAGGAGAGUCGUACGUCUUCGGAAGGGUGAUAUGAUCUGCUUCAAUAACAGACGACUUGCUCAUUCAAGAAACGCAUUCACUGGAGAGGGUGAAAGACACUUACAGGGUUGUUACGUUAAUUCGGACGACUUCAAGAGCAAAUUGAUGUACCUAUCACACAAGUUGGACAAUGGUAGAGCUGUGUGUCAUGUUGGCAAUACCGACUGGACCUAA